UUCCGACUGUACAGCGCCGAACGAUGGGAACGCCCGUGUGGAGUGUUUUAGUGCCGUGUUUCGUCGCGUGUCUGAACAUCGCCGUCGCGCAGUAUCUUUCCAGCUGUCAGGGUCCGGAUGGCGAACAGGGCACCUGUGUGCUGGUGCGCGAAUGUCCCUUUGCCCGUGCGUUGCUAACGAAGCCGAAUCAUUCGAACAAUGACAUACGCUAUCUGGAAGCGAUACGAUGCGGGAUGCUCGAAACCAAAGCACUUGUGUGUUGCAAUGCUCCGAACAUCACCAAAACGGAUAAACCGGUUGAGGCGGAAACGAUUGCCGAACUGGUCGAAAAUCGGUUCAGCACACCGGAGGAGAAAAAAGGUUUGCUACCGACGGUGUGCGGUGUGGACACGUACCGAGGCCCGGUUCGGGGCGAGUUGGCUAGUCUGUUUCAUUUUCCAUGGAAUGUCCUGAUUCAACACCGAACGAAAGAUGGUGAGAAUCGUUUCCAUUGCGGAGGAUCUUUAAUUAGUGAGCGAUACGUAGUUACUGCGGCCCGCUGCAUUAUGGGAAUUAAAAAAACCUGGACAAUCGUGUCUGUGCGGGUAGGUGAUUGGGAUUUGCAAACCGAUCCCGAUUGUAUCACGAUUGCCAACAACAAUGAGUGUGCCAUUCCGGUUCAGGAUAUUGCCAUCGAAAAAAUUACCGUACCGUCCAACUACACCGGGACCGAAUCACCGGCAGUGAAACAGGAUCUCGCUCUGCUCCGUUUGGCACGGAAGGUGCAGUUCGAUGAAUCAGUCGCACCGAUUUGUUUACCAUUCCAAGCGGCAUCGUGGACAAACUACAACCCCGAAAGUGACCAUUUCUAUGAAAGCGGCUGGGGUAAAACACCCGACGCUACUGGUGGUAGUGAUAACAAAUGGAACUAUGCCUCGGUGGGAGUUUCGCGUGACGUUUGCCGUAGCCAGUACCCACACGCCAGCAUCGAUGGGGAAAACAUUUGCGCGAAACCGGUGCGUGAUCAGCACACAUGUAGAAGAGAUACGGGCGGCCCAUUGAUGCAUUUACACACGGAUGGUGCCUGGUAUCUGGCGGGUGUUGUCAGCUUCCAGAAGGAAUGUGCCAUCACCGGGGAACCCGCAGUCUACACGAACGUGGCCGCAUUUACCGAUUGGAUUGUUGACAAUCUGGAACCGUAG